UGAAAUACGCGGAAGCGAAAAAGACGGAAGCCUCGACGGAAGCGGUCUGUCAAGGGAGAAAACCUUGCAGUAUUUGACACAAAGAGGCUAAAUUAUAUUGAGCAUCCCACUCAACCCACAUCGGCGUCUGCUGCCAUGAUUCUCUUAGAAGUCAACAACCGGAUUAUAGAAGAGACGCUGACGUUGAAAUUUGAUGGAGCAUCCAACGGAACCAAGCCAGAUGCGGUCGACAUGACUUUUGCAGAUUUUGACGGCGUCCUGUACCACAUCUCCAAUCCCAAUGGAGAUAGGACCAAGGUGAUGGUUAGCAUCUCUUUGAAGUUCUACAAGGAGCUACAAGAGCAUGGGGCUGACGAGCUGCUGAAGAGGGUCUACGGGAGCUUCCUGGUUUCACCAGAGGCUGGCUACAACGUCUCCCUGCUCUUUGACCUGGAUGCCGUUCCAGCUAACAAGGAUGAGGUGAUCCACCAGGCAGGCAUGCUGAAGAGGAACUGCUUUGCCUCGGUCUUCGAGAAAUACUUCAAGUUCCAGGAGGAGGGCAAGGAGGGCGAGAGCAGGGCCGUGGUCCACUAUAGAGACGACGAGUCCAUGUACGUGGAGGCCAAGAAAGACAGAGUGACGGUGGUCUUUAGCACAGUGUUCAAAGACGACGACGACGUGAUCAUCGGCAAAGUAUUCAUGCAGGAAUUCAAGGAGGGGCGGCGAGCCAGCCACACGGCCCCCCAGGUGCUGUUCAGCCACAGGGAGCCCCCGCUGGAGCUUAAGGACACAGACGCCGCUGUAGGAGACAACAUCGGAUACAUCACCUUCGUCCUGUUCCCACGGCACACCAGUGCCAACGCCAGAGACAACACCAUCAACCUCAUCCACACCUUCAGGGACUACCUGCAUUACCACAUAAAGUGCUCCAAGGCGUACAUUCACACACGCAUGAGGGCCAAGACGUCGGACUUCCUGAAGGUGCUGAACCGUGCCCGCCCCGAUGCUGAGAAGAAGGAGAUGAAGACCAUUUCGGGCAAGACUUUCUCCCGCUGAGGCCGGACCCCCCUCCCCUCCCCCCUCCCCACGCAACUAAUCUGAACACCCCCUCCUCCCUGGACACGCCCGAACACACCACGCCGAGACUCAACGCCACAUUGGACAGGAUUCCAGGAUGCCUCUACUGCCCCCCCCGCCCCCUGCCCACCCAACCCCUGAGACGUGUCCAGUCUCCUUAUAAAGCGCAGAAGUGAUGAUGACGAUGAUAAUAAUGGGUAAUAAAAGUUGGCUCUUCUCGGAACAAAGCUGGCUCCACUUAGGGAAGGCCGGGGCUUAAGGUAAUGAGAAAAAAAGGGCAUUCCUUGCUUUGCAUAGUUAAAGAGAAUUAUAAGUCCUAUAUAAAUAUAUAUAUGAAAAAAAAAUACAAUUUUUGAUACGAUAUCUUUUACUUCAUUUGGUACUCUGCCUUUGCGUGCCCCCCCCCAUCUGCCCCACAAGCCCCCCUCCCCAUCUGCCCCCCCCCCACCACCAUGUAACCAUGACUUGGUGACUUUGAAAUUCUGCAUCCUUUCUUUCCCUCUCCCCCCAUUUCUCUGUACGUAUCAUGUUGUCUGUACCAUUGUCAUUGGAGAAAAAAA